AUGAGUGCAAGCGCAGCUACCGACAAGACUAAAACCUCGGACUCUGUUCCCCCCACGACGAAAGGCCCGGUCCGCAUUGAGAGGAAAGCAUCUUCCGAAGAAAGGCAGCAUCAGCGAGACAUUGUGGUUCGUGACACAACUUUUAUUGCUCUGGGUCUGAUUGCUGCUAGCGUCCUGAGUUGGAUGGAACUUCAUGCUGGUGAGGCUGAAUUCCGUGGGGAAGGAUCCUCGGCCUAUGUGGAUGACAAACGAGGAAUUAUUGAUACCGGGUACAUCCUGACGAGUUCCAUGCACAACUUUUUGAAAGCCAACCGAGGCUGGAACGACUUCUUUGCCUUUCUCAAUACCGUCCUGGGAGUGGUCCCUCCAGGCAUCUACUUUGUCCACCAAACAUUGUGGGUUGGAGACUAUGAGCCCGUUUUUAGAUAUCUGGCAAUUUCGGUACUUCGGUCACUCUGUGGAUGGUUCACAUACCUGCCACCCGAUGAUAGCUACCUCAUGUCCAACUACGACUUUCCAGACAUUGCACAGUGCCUCACCAAAGAAUGCGGUGAUCCAGCCUUGGCAACGGAAAUCAACCCCUUUGUGUCCUUCUUUUCAGGCCAUGUGGCAACCCUGGUCAUUACUGCCAAUCACAUGUACCUCAAAGGAUACAAAAAGCUCGCUAUUUUCUUUCAUGUUGUCAACGCUUUGCAAAUUGUACGACUCUUGGCCACUCGAGGACAUUACUCCAUUGAUAUUAUCAUCGGCUGGUACAUGGCGGUCUCCAUCUCAAAGCCGGCAGGAAGACUUGGAAGACAUUUCUCACGUGGAGACGACAGCAUUGAGAAGCACAUGCCCGCAUCCGCCACCGAAGCCUUUGAGUAUGCGAUUGGUGUGGACGAGACACGAACGGAAGCCAGAAUGUCAAUGUUGAUGAAGAGGGAAGAUGUCAAAGAAGCUCUCUUGAACGUCAAGGACCAGGAAGAGGUAUUUGCAGAGCCUACAGUACGGUUGGCAAUGGAGGGGAAACUAGAGGAGCUGGAGGAGCUGAUUGCCACUGCCAAGAGUGAAAAGGCAGUGGACGCAGGGAAGCCAAAAGAAGAAUAG